AUGACAUCAACGGAGUUGGCGUUGAAUAGAACGUUGACGGACAUUUUGGAGGAUGAGCUUUACAAUAUCCGCGAGGAGCAUCACAUUGGACACUCUAAGAGCAAAAAUGUGUUGGAAUUGUCUCUGCCGCUGCCAUUCGACGAGUAUAUGACGGGCAACGACGAGAACAUCGUGUCGUCAGAGUACAACUGGGCUCGUCCUUCGAUUUCUCCUGGGUCAUCAGAGGUGACGGAUUCGAACUCUCAGCGACACCAUCAACAUGCACAUAUUCCAGAUCGCAGUAUCUUCAACAAGUAUGCGGAUCCCUCGCUCACUACUACGUCUCGCCGGAGGAGCGUCACGGAGAGCGACUUGAAGUCCAAUGGCAGGGGUUCCUUAAGCAAUAGUGGCACACCUAUUCAGAAGACCGUGAAUCUGAACAGUGUGAUGAAAGUUGCUAAUCCUUUUCAUUUGGCAAGAGAGCAGUUGCCGUUCGACGUCAAGGUGACGGGCGAUGUCUUGGAUGGUAGCGACUCAGCCUACUCGACGCAACCCUACGAUGACAAUGCAAACCAUGAUGCGUCGUACGAUCCAAAGACGUACUGGCCUUUACAGGAUAAUAACGUCGCCUUGAGCAACGAGGAUGCAAAGAUGAUCUUUGACCACGAAUUUGCUGCAGAAGAUGACGAUGAUUUGAGUGAAGAUGAAGAGGACGAAAGAGAGUACACAAGAGAUUACAAGAAAAUACCGCUGGGCUAUGCUGGUGAACUGGCAAGCAAUAAGCUUGAUAUGGAAGAUAAAGUGUUCAGCUCUUGUAAUUUUGUGGAUUCCAACAUGGCCGGUACGAGUCUGAACGAGGACGAAAGCGUCCUGGACAUUACUUCGGAUUUUGAUAAUAUGAUUGAUGAAGACGACCUGUAUGAGCCGUCAUCUCGAAAUGGUAGAAAGGAAAGCGUGGUCUCCGAUGCUACUUCUCGUGAUGGAAGCAAUGAGGGAAAGCUUCAAAGCAUAUCACCGGCAUUUACGAUGGUCAAGAGUCAGUCAGGGAAGGCGGGCGCGAGACAAAAAUCGUCGCCCAAUCUUGUUAACUCUAGCCCGUCUGUCUCGUCAAGAAGAGGCGGGCUAACCAACAAGAAAAAUACCCAUUCUCCCUAUCCGCAAGAUCAUACCGUCAGUGAGACCUCGAAUGGUACUGAGAUUUUCACCUGCAUGAUCAUCAACUCUAUCACGAAGCAACCUUGUUCGGCGCAAUUUUCAAGAUCUUACGAUUUGACUAGACAUCAAAACACCAUACAUGCUAAGAAGAAAGCUGUAUUUCGCUGUUUUGAGUGCAUCAGUUUACUGGGCCAAGAGGGUUAUCAGAAGACAUUUUCACGACUCGACGCUCUUACGAGGCAUAUCAAAUCCAAGCAUGAGGAUUUGUCCUUGGAGCGACGUCAAGAGGUAACCAGGUAUGCUAGGGAAAACAUUGGUUAUGUUGUGGGAUAA